AUGGAAGUGAAAGAUGCAUUUGUACAGUUAAUGCUUGUUAUUGUUCGAUGGAUCAAAUUAAAAUUAAAAUCUUUUGUUCACUAUAUACGUAAAUUAUUUAUCAUUGAAAAUCGUCUUAUAUCUAAUCGUGUGGUUUGUAAUAAUCAUGUUCAAAUAAUUAACAGUAAAAUUCCUACAACGGAUGAACAUGCCUAUAUUCAUCGUCUCGAACUAUAUCGUUCGUCAGUCUAUUGGAAUUAUAGGCGAACAUUUACUGAAUCACUUAUGGAACCAUCAAUUGUUUUGGAUAAUUUUUUAUUUCUUGGUACAAUUCAUCAAGCAUCAAAUUUAAAAUUAUUAAAUUUACUCGAUAUUCGUCAUAUACUUAAUGUUAGUGAUUGGAAAUUAAAUCAGUUUGUUUUAAAUAAAUACAAUUGUACACAAAUAAGAAUAUUAGAUUCAUUAGAUCAAGAUAUUCGACAACAUUUUGAUCAGACAAAUCAAUUAUUACAUUCAUAUUUUCAUAAGAAUGAAAAAGUGUUGGUGAAUUGUGCUGCCGGUAUAUCUCGAUCAGCAACAAUUGUUUUAGCCUAUCUAAUGAAAUAUCAUCAUAACACAUUGGAACAGGCAUAUCGAUUUCUAGUUGAUAAACGUCCAAUUAUUGGUCCUAAUAAUUAUUUUAUGUUACAACUGAUCCGAUAUGAAAAAGAGUUAAUCGAUACAAAAGAAAUUAAUUUCAAAAAUAAUAAUUACGAGAUAAAUCCAUCAAAAACGGUAGAAAAAAUAAAAAAAACUUGA